CGAGGCUGGUGUGACAGUGAGUGCGUGGUGUUUGUAUACACCCGAGCAAGCCAAGGCCCCGAGGUCAUGUCUGUCAUCCUCCGGCCCUUGAAAUGGUUCUAUCAUGAAUUCGGCAUCGUGGCUAUCCAUGAGACUGGGAGAAAUGCGUGGCUCAUUAUCCUGGCACGCUCGUGCCGGAUGUUUGCUUAUGGGACCAAUUCGUUGAUACUCGCCAUCUUCUUCUCGGCCCUGAACUAUUCCGACCACCAGAUCGGCAUCUUCAUGACCCUCACCCUACUCGGCGAUGUCUUCCUUGGUACCUUCUUGACGCUGAUUGCCGACCGGGUGGGUCGCCGGCGCAUUUUGAUGGCCGGGUCAGUCCUCAUGAUCCUGAGCGGGUUCGUGUUUGCGGUGUUUGAGAAUUUCUGGAUCUUGCUGGGCGCGGCUAUCCUGGGGGUGAUCAGUGUCACGGGAGGAGACUUUGGUCCAUUCAGGAGUGUGGAGGAGUCGGUUCUAUCACAGCUUACAACACCUUCCAACCGAGCGGACGUUUUGGCUUGGUACGUCACGACAUCAACACUCGGGUCGAGUAUCGGCAGCGAAGCUUCGGGGAGGAUCGUCCACUUCCUCCAAAAGCGCCCAGGAUGGACAGAGGUUGACGCCUACCACGCCCUGUUUUGGAUGUACUCGGCCAUGGGCAUCGUCAACGUUUUGUUUGUCUUCCUGUUGACAGAGGCCUGCGAGUUGAGGCCGGAUAGCAAAGGGCACGAGGUGUACGCCAGCUUACCACAAGACGACAGGGACGAAGACGGCGAGGAGGACGUCGAGCACCUGAGGGCAAAUGGCACCGCCGCGAACGAUAUCGAAGCAACGGCACCGACGACCCCGACAACGCCAGCACCCCUACCUCACUCGCACUCGCACUCGCAUCACCACCACCACCACCCGUCCGCGCCCCCCGCACGAUGGACAUCACGGACCAAAUCCUGGCUCGCGAGCGCGUUCGCGCAGAUCUCCAAGCCGACGCGGACGAUCAUGUACAAGCUGUGGUUCCUGCUGGCGAUCGACUCGCUGGCGGACGGGAUGGUGCCGUACUCGCUGACCAACUACUACAUGGACAUCAAGUUCCACCCGUCCAAGUCGACGCUGGGCGACGUGACGUCGGUGUCGUACUUCCUGGGGGCGAUCGGGGCGGUGUUCGCGGGCCCGCUGGCGCGCAAGAUCGGGCUGAUCAACACGAUGGUGUUCACGCACGUGCCCUCGUCGGCGGCGGUGCUGGUCUUCCCCUGGCCGCCGCGCCUGUGGAUGACGGCGGGCCUGCUGCUGCUGCGCACGGGGCUGAACAACAUGGACCAGGCGCCGCGCUCGGCCUUCAUCGCCGCCGUCGUCCGCCCCGCCGAGCGCACCGCCGUCAUGGGCAUCACCAGCAUGCUGCGCAACCUGGCCGCCAUGACCGGGCCCAGCGUCACGGGCGUCCUCGCCGAGGGGGACCGCUUCGGCGUCGCCUUCGUCGCCGCCGGGGUCUGUCGGCUGGCCUACGACUUUGGGCUGUACGCCCUGUUCGUCAACGUCAAAUUGGAAGGGUAUGAGAAGGGGAGGAGGAAGUCCGGCCCGCAGGCCGAUGGGGACGAGGAGGUGGCGGAGAGAGAUCGAGCCCGAGGGCUGGCCAACGGGAUGCUGUCCUUGGGCCAUCACCGUCACGGGGGACACGACGAGGUCGUCGAGCUAGCGAGUCUAGCGGAUAGUAUGAGUACCCACGAUGACGAUGAGGACGACGAUGAGAUGGGCAAACACAUGGACGCCGACCCCAUCUCCCAGAGCCACGCGGACGCCAAAGAAGCGGACGCGACGAUAACGACCCGGGCGCCAGCAUCGAACAACAAUCCUCGCGCCCUCCAAGUCCCCCUCCCUGCCUCGGACGCCGCGCUGGACCGCGUGCGCAGCCGGAGUCCGCACCGGUCGACGGCGCUCGACUAGUUGGUCCUCUACACACAGACACACUCACACUCACACACACCCCCACCGACCCACAGUAUCGGUAUAUCAAAGGACAGGCAGGCAGGCAGGUAGGUAGGUAGUACCUCGUUCCGUCCAUCCUAUCGACGAUAUCCAUAUCCCUCAGGAUGUCUUAUGUGGAUGUUUCGAGGGUCGUUCGUUGGAUAUGCAUCUCUCGUCUACCCUACCGGAUGUUUCGCGAUGUCAUAUCAUAUCAUAUCAUAUCAUAUCAUGCCACGCCACGCCACGCCACGCCACGCCACGCCAUGCCUUUUAACGGAACGAAAACGGGACGGCAAAUGGGAAAUGGGAAAUGGGAAAUGGGAAUGGGAUAUGGGAGUAGGAUGAUGGCAACGGCAACGGCAAGGGUAAAGGCAACGGCGAUGAAUGAAUUCAAGGGAGGAAAGGCGCCUCGGGAAAAGACUGGAAAAUUCUGAUCCGAAAUGUCGAUGAUGAUGACGGUCAUGAUGAUGAUGAUAUCCCGUUCGCAAUACAGACAAGCGCACAUGCAGAUAUAUACCUAUGUAGGUACAUAUGCCCUGACCUGAC